AUGGUGAAGUCAAAGUCUCAUGAACGAACACCGAAAGCUAAAAACAAACAUUUGAAUCAUGCUCAUCAUAAAAAAGAAACCGAGUCAUCGAGGAUGAACCUGAUGAACUCGGUGCUGACUGUAACCUGUAUGGCGGUUGCUGCUUGGUUUGGUUACAAAGGGUAUCUCGAAACCCGCGUCAAUACUCCCUUUGAUUCAGAAAAGCUGGUGGCGAUUAAUGGCCUGGACACAGCUGAUCGAUACUGGGGUUCAUACCGACCCGGCUUAUACUUCGGAAUGAAGACCCGAGACCCACAAUCGCUGGUUAGUGGUUUGAUGUGGUACCGACCGCAAAACCUGCGGCAAGGCGGCGAGAGUUUCCGCCACUGGUGCGAGCAAGGCGACAAACUUGACAAGUACGGCUGGCUUGAACACGACGGCAAGACUUUCGGAGUCCAAGAGAUCCACGACGGGGACCUGAUAAUAAAAACCUCGUACGUAAAGAAGCCAGGUGGCCGCCACGGUGGUGACUGGACAGCAAGAAUCGGCGUGACAUCCAAAGCAGAGCCCAAAGAUUCCCAGAAAUCCCAAGAAAUAUCUUUCAUAUUCUACUCCGCCUUAGAAGACAAGUCCACCGGGAACAUAAAAGCAUCUCUUGGCGCAGACAACCGUCUGUCAGGCAUGGAAGGCUACACCGACGGUUUAGGUGCCUACAGGUUCAGCAUGAACCCUACCAAAGGCACCGUGGAAGAGCACUCCUUCCUAAUCGCCGUAUUGCCAGGUCUGAACCUCGUCAAGGAAACAAUCCUCCAGAAUUUACGACUCGCCUCUCAAAAAGUCUCGAACGUCAAGCGGAUUGUCCUAGGAGGCGACCAACUUCCUCUCGACAACGAAGGGAAGAAAACGGACCCUAAUUUCUGCGCGACCCAGGUCACCGCUCGAGUUCCUUUCGAGUUCGAAGUUCUUUUUGAAUCUGGCAGUGUUCCUCUGCGCAAAGAGAAGCUCACCGGGAAAAACUUCGACCUGGCCCUCGGGGAGCAGCGAAAGCGGUUCAACGACAAGUUCGAGAAAAUCUUCAAACUAACAGAGAAAGGCUUCAAGGAAGACGCGAUAGAGUUUGCCAAGUACGGGUUCUCAAAUUUGAUCGGAAGCAUCGGGUACUUCUACGGAAGCUCCCAGGUCCAGAGUGUUCACACCAAGAGUCCAGUUCCCUACUGGAAGGCUCCCCUGUACACCGGAGUGCCCAGCAGAAGUUUCUUUCCCCGCGGAUUUCUCUGGGACGAAGGCUUCCAUGGGCUUCUGGUCGCAACCUGGGACCUGGACAUCGAGAUGGACAUAAUGAGUCACUGGUUCGACUUGAUGAACUCCGAAGGCUGGAUCCCCAGAGAGAUGAUCCUGGGCUCGGAAGCUCUGGCGAAGGUUCCUGAGGAGUUUGUCACCCAGAUCAGCACCAAUGCGAAUCCUCCGACUUUCUUCUUGACCUUGCAGUAUAUUUUGAACUCCAGAGAAUCGGAGCUGCUGGACAGGCACUACAAAUUACUGGAUAAAUUGUAUCCGAGAUUGCAGGCCUGGUUCGAGUGGUUCAACACCACGCAAGUUGGAGACUUGCCGGGAACUUAUAGGUGGCGCGGACGGGACAGCUUGACCAACCGAGAGCUUAAUCCAAAAACGCUGACUUCUGGGCUUGAUGAUUACCCACGAGCUUCGCACCCGAAUGUCGAUGAAAGACACGUCGAUUUGAGGUGCUGGAUCGCUUUCGCUGCGGGAGUUAUGGCGAGGCUCUCGGAGCUGCUGCACCACCCGGCGGAUAAGUACCGGGACACCCACAGAUUCUUGACGGACAACCAGGUGCUCAACGGGCUGCACUGGUCGCCUUCCAGCCAGUCCUACGCGGACUAUGGCCUCCAUACGGACAAGGUAGAGCUGAGGAGACCUAGUGCGCCUCCCAGGUCUCCAGCUUCGCCGGAGCUGAUCAGAGUGGUGCUAGAGGACCCGAGUCUUAAAUUUGUUGAUUCGAGCUUUGGAUACGUGUCGCUGUUUCCAUUUAUUUUGCAGGUCGUCGAACCGGAUUCUCCGCAUCUGGAGAAAAUUCUGAUGGACUUGACCAAGCCCGAGCUGCUCUGGACCAAGUUCGGGCUCAGGUCGCUCGCCAAAAAUUCUCCGCUCUAUGCCAAGUACAAUACUGAGCACGAUGCGCCCUAUUGGAGAGGACCUAUUUGGAUUAAUUUGAAUUAUUUGACGCUGAGAGCGCUCAAUUGGUAUGCAGAGACUCCCGGACCGUAUGCCGGGAAAGCUAAGAAAAUUUACAAGGACUUGAGAGAGAACUUAAUCAAAAAUAUGCUGGUGCAGUACAAAAAAACUGGGUUCAUUUGGGAAAAUUAUGGAGAUGUUUAUGGAGAAGGAAAAGGCAGUCAUCCGUUUAAUGGAUGGUCUUCGUUGAUUGUUAUGAUCAUGGCGGAAAUUUAUUAG